AUGGCGACCAGAGACUCCAGCGAUAGUUUCGUGACCAAGGACACAACCGGGACCUUGAGCGAGGCCGUGCGUGAGCACCUGAGGAAGCUGUGUCUUCGCGAAUUCCCGUGUGGCACCGGGAGCUGGAAUAAGUCACGCUUUCUUCCUCGAACAUGGCACACCUGGAGGGAAAUGGUCCCAAAGGAAGAGGAGACAGUGAGUGCAGGAGAGGAGACUGUGGAGGCCCUCUUGGGCCUCGUGCGAAGCCACCACUCUCCUUGGGCCAUGCUGAAGGACUCCAGUGCCGAGGACUGUUUCCUGAGAGAACUGGCCAUCCGGAAUCCUCAGAUGAUCAAAGACACUUUCUUCUACUCCUACUUCCGGUCCCUGAGGGUAGUGGACAAGGGGGUGACUCUAGUGGAUAAAGACCUCUUGAAGUUUCUAAAGCUCGAGGAGUUGGUUCUGUGUGCCAAUAAAAUUGAGGAAAUCGAUGCAAACAAUCUACCCCCAACAUUGAAGGUGCUGGAGCUCUAUGGCAACCUGAUCACCAGCAUGGAGUGUCUGUGCUCCCCUCCACCACCGAACUUGCAGCACCUGGGGCUGGGCCACAACAAACUACUGGGCCCCUUGGAGAGUCUGUACAUCACCUCUAACAACUGGCACAAACUCGUCUCCCUGGACCUGAGCUUCAACGACUUGACAGACCUGCAGAGCAUGAUAGCCAGUCUCAGCACCCUGAGGCACCUGCGGCUGCUGGUACUGCAGGGGAACCCACUGGCCCUCGUGCCUUACUACCGAGGCUUUACCGUGGACAGCCUGGCACGCCUGUGCGUGCUGGACGACAUCACCGUGUCCCCCAAUGAGAAGCACCAGUUCCGGGGACUCAGCAUUCAAGGUGACCUGCUGCCUCACGAGGCACAGUUUGUGGUCACCAUUGGAAACAUCAGGGGAGUUAUGGACACCUCUGUCUUUGACCCAGAGCCAGGACCUGACGGCCCUUUCAUCACCUACAACUAUUAUGUGACCUACGACUUUGUGGAAGAUUUGGAUACCGAAAGGAAUGUUUUGACACAUGUUCUUUGUCUAAAAAUUGUCAAGCCUUCUCCUACUGCGGAUCGUUUAGAAGAAGAGGUGUCUCCUGAGGGCAUAUCCAAGGAGUUGUCUGUGUUUAUAGCUCAGGAGAUGGAUCAGAUGGCCGAGGGCUCUGAAGAGUCUAUGAUAACAGAUACGGAGGCGUCGGAGACCACCAUUUCCCUCCGCUCGCCCCCGAUGCCUCAGUCAGUUACCUCCUCAGAGGAAUUGUCCAAGCUGCGGCCACGGAUAGACAUCCGGCUCUGUCCAUCCCCAGGGACAGUCCUGUUCAGCACCGCGCACAAGCCCUGGACAGAUGUCAUCCCUUGCAGCUAUGAGAUGACACACACUCUGAAGGAGCUGGUGCGGGUCAAGGCCUUCCUGCUGACAGGGACCGUUGUCACCAUCGUGGAGGAGAAGAUCCUCUCCUGGCCCGUGGUGUCAACUCCUGUUGAGGUUUCCUUGCCUGCCAAGAAGGGGAAAGGAGACCAGAAGAAGGGAGACAAGAAAGACAAAGACAAGAAACAGAAAGCCGAGGAGGAAAAAGAGGGGCUCAAGAAGAAAAAGGAGGCACCCAGGGAGCUGCGGCAAGACCCGCCUGUGCUGCGCGUGCUGGGGAGCGGCCCGGUGUACCUGGAGCCCUUGCUGGCAGGGGAGACGCUGGUGUCCACUGUGUGCAAUUUUGGGGUGGUCCGCACCCUGCAGUACGACAGGCUGACACAGGCCAGGGAUUCAAAGAAGACAAAGAAAGGUGCCAAAAAAGAGAGGUCCAAACCGGCGACCCCAAUCAUCGAAAACGUGGAACAGCUGGAGCCCUUGACAGUGGAGAUCCAGAUCCAGCUGCAGCAGUACCGAACGGUGGAGGAAGUACUCCUCGGCCUGGCUGACUAG